AUGGCCAUCAAAAACCAAAUUCCAGUUUCUAAAUUCAAACAUUCGACAAAAUAUCGGUAUCCUUUCAAAAUGACAGGCAGUUUUUAGACCCAAAAUAACUCAAAUAAUAAAACUGAAAAAUUCCGAGUCUACCAAAAUCACAACGUAAAAAAUGUUAAUCAACUCACUGAAAUGCUGCAGUAAACACAUUGGUUCAACCGCCUUCGAUUUUAACGUCUACAGUUGCGGGGGAACACAUCGAAGAUGGUACGCCAAAUCAAACAAAACCGGUUGUUGCACCAACGUGCCCCAAACCGCCGGUAGAACCGUUGAGCCGUGGCCGAAGAACGACCCGCCGCCGCCGCAGUGGCGCUGCGAGUGCCCGCAAGACCCCAUGCCGUACAACAAUGACCCGUACAGGAUUAAAGUACCAGAGGUCGUUGUACCACCGAUGCCGCCUGGGAAUGCCAAGCCUUCAAUAGACUGCGCGCGUAAAGGCACUUGCACACCGUCGCCGCCGCCGCCGCCGCCAUGUCCGCCGGUCCCUAAAAAGCCGUUUUCGUGGUUCUACAUCUUGGUUACCACCGCGUUCCUUGCUGCCAUGGGAGUGGUGUACAAAUAUUGGGCAUACAACGACAAACUAAUGAAAUCGGGGAUUUACGACGAAGUAUGGCGGCCUCGCUUGCUGGUGAGAAGGCCGUACCACGACGCGGACCUGCCCCCGUGCGUGCAGUACCUCAUUAUAGGCACCGGACCCGCGGGCUGGACCGCCUAUAACACUAUCAUGAAACAUGACGAGAAAGCCAAGGUGUUCUUCGUGACGAAAGAAGACAUAUUGCCAUACGAGAGGCUUCCAAUGUCCAAAUUUAUGUGGUGGAACAAAUUGCCGCCUAACAUGAAAACUCUGAAAUACUUCGAUCAGAAGUACAAAACAAUGUACUUAUCAGAGUGUAAACACUUCAUGGAUCCCGUGAAGUUCUUCCGAAAAGAGGAGGGUCCAGCGGUGUCCAUCGCGUCUGGGUGGUGUGUGCUUAGGAUUGACGCGGAGAACCAUAUUGCCUACAUCAAGACGUUGUGCGGGGAACGACCCAUGUAUUAUGAGAAGGCCUUGAUUGCUGUUGGCUCGCAAGCGAUAAAUCUGAACAUAUUCAAGAUAGCUUCCAAAGAGGUCCGGAGCAAGAUGACGACGUUCCGGAAGAUCCGGGACCUCGAGAUCGCCUUCCGGAAGGUCCGGGAGGCGCGCCACGUCACCGUCAUCGGCGGCGGCCCGCUGGGCUGCGAGCUGGCCUGGCAUCUGGCUAAGAUGGAGGAAAAAGUGGAAAAGGACGAGAAGGACAAAUACAAACCGCCUCUACAGAUUGCCCACAUGUACAAAGACGCGGGCAUACUAGGGAACAUCUUGCCAGAGUAUCUCGGGGAGUGGGCCGCGGAGAAGAUCAAGUGCGAAGGCGUCAACAUCAUGCCAAAGACGACACCAGAAGACGCUUUCCUGACAAAGGACGGUCGGCUAGAGUUGACGCUGAAUGACGGGUCAUCAUUGAUAACAGAUUAUGUUUUCGUGUGCAUCGGCACAAAGCCUCGCAUGGACAUAGCCGAGCCCUCGUUCUUGGAGGAAGACAAGGUGAACGGCGGUUUCCUGGUCAACACCGAGCUGGCGGCGAGGACUCAUCUUUAUGCUGCGGGCGACGCAGCGAGCUUCUAUUCCCAGUGGAAGAACACCCGCCAGCGGUUCCAGAACUACAUCCCCGCCGUGGAGCAGGGCGAGCUGGCCGGCUACAACAUGACGGGGUACUGGGACCCCUGCAACAUCGAGAACUCCUCCUGGCUUACCCUGGGCGACGUCUUGGAGAUGCAGGUGGUUGGCGACGUAGGCGCUUGUAUGCCGAUCAUAGCGCUGUUCAAGCCGUGCCGCCCGGAGGAUUUGCCUCCUAAGCAAAGAGAAGAAGGGGAAAGUAUGCUGCUACGUUGUUACAAGGACUCGGCGGAGUACAGGGAGCGCUACAAGAGGGGCAUGCUGUGCUACCUCCGCGACGAGACGAUCGUCGGCUUCGUGUUCUGGAACAUGCCGCCCAUCGCAGACCGCAAGGAGGUCGCUACUGAGAUUCUGCGGGCGCGACCGCACUACAACGACAUCAACCUGGUGGCGGACCUGCUCGGCUUCUCGGAGACGCACUGCGUGUAUCUCAAGCCCGAGGAGAUGAUAGAACCGGGACCUUGCAUUCAGGCAUAUCGGGAAUUCUAGACCUGGAGUAACUAUUGUGCUGUGUACUGCAGGUAACGUGGUAGUUAUAGUCUGUCAAGCAAAGUAUGUCAAUAGCAAUGUACAGCAAAAUGAGGUAGGGCAACACUCAAAGAGCAGUAUUGCGCUAAGAAAAACAGCGAUGUACAUAGA